CUAUCACACAGGAACUGAAUUGAUAAUUCAUUUAACUUGAUUACCUAACUUUACUCAUAAUACGCAUCAGAGUUUAAGAUGUGCAUGAAAUUUUUCGUUGAAAUUUUGAAAAAUAUCCUGUCCAUAUAACCACAAAAUUUACCACAAUGACGAUGUUUCUAAACUUUUGUAUGUAUGGCAUGACCUAUGGUAAUAAGUACAUGUGGAUGGUGACACAUUCAUGUGUGACUAUCCUCAUUCUUUAGAUAAACUUCUGUAACGGAUGCAUUCCAUUUUCAUUUAUUAUACUGAGCUGGAGCUGAAUACUUUGUCAUUUGUUGAAUAUCUACAAAAAUUCUACUAACGGAAUUAUUUAAGUUUCACAUUUCGGAAUUAAGGGCAUGCUGGAAUUAUUCAUUGUAAUAUUUCUCCUCUGCUUCUUUGGAUUUUUUGGAUAUCUGGGCUAUCAAUACUGGUUGAGAAAAUACAAAAGUGGAACAAGUGACGCAGUAAAUGACGACACUGCCGUUUCAAGAAGAGUUCCCCCCAAUGUUCAAGCACUAAAACACUUUUCCGCCGCACAGUGGCGAGUCAGUAAUGGAAGUCGAAUAAGCUUGGGAAGUGCAAAUACCGACAUUAACGACAUGUCUCUCUCAAUCUCCAUUUUUCAACCACCACCACCCCCACCCAGAUAUUCUACCAUUGACAUCCCCCAACUUGGCCCAAAGUCAUCCUGACUAUUCAUAAUUUUACUACUUUAUUACCUUAUGAAAAUAUGUAUAUUCGCUGCUGGCAGCAAUAAAAGACGGAAAACAAAUAUGAAUUUUGAAUUUUGA